AUGGAGAACCGUACGGCGAGCUGUGGCGGAGCAGCGGGAUGGUGGGACGUGUAUGCACUAGUUCCCCUGCCUAACUUAUGUUUCUUAGAUAGCAUUCAGGUCGAUAAAAGUGAUAUUUGUGCAUGGAAACAGAACUUGUCGAUUCUGGUUGCUGCUCUACUUUGUGCAGUAAUUCUCUCCAGGCGCCGUACUGGUGGAUGUUCAUGGGCCGGAAAGAAUAAGAAAAAGAAGAUUCCAGGGCCCCGAGGAUGGCCCAUAAUUGGAAUCCUAAUGGAAAUGAGUGGCGGUCAUGCUCACCGUAAGCUUGCUCACUUGGCGGCGAUUCACGAGGCGAAAAAACUGAUGGCCUUCAGCUUGGGGUCAACCCGCGUAGUCAUAACGUCGGAUCCAGAAGUGGCUAGGGAGCUUUUGAGCUCUCCUCACUUUGCGGAUAGGCCUCUCAAACAAUCUGCCCAGCAGCUAAUGUUUGGGAGGGCAAUGGGCUUUGCACCCAACGGCAACUACUGGAGGAUGCUCCGUAGGAUUUCAGCUGCUCAUCUGUUUAGUCCGCGGAGAAUAGCGGCGCACGAGGCCGGCCGUCAGGUGGACAGCGUGAAAAUGCUAUCUGGUAUACGCAAUGAAUGCGCAUGCAAAGGUGCCGUCAGCCUGCGUCCACAUCUCCAAGCGGCGGCUCUCGAAAACAUCAUGAGAAGCCUGUUUGGUGUAAGGUUGGAUAGUGAUGGAGAGGGUAGAGAGGUGAGGGAGAUGGUGGAGGAGGGGUUUGAACUGCUGGGGGCAUUUAAUUGGGCCGAUCAUGUUCCCUGGCUGCGACCGCUUGACCCUCUGCAAAUCCACGACCGCUGCACUCGACUCCUACCUCGCGUUAGGUCUUUUGUUCAACACAUCAUCAAUCAGCAUCGACAGUCCGCUCUGCAUAGGAACACAGCCGAUUCAGAUUUCAUGGAUGUGCUGCUUUCGCUUGAAGGACAGGAUAAGCUCCACGACGAAGAUAUCAUCGCGGUUCUCUGGGAGAUGAUAUUCCGCGGCACAGACACUGUAGCUCUAGUUACAGAGUGGACCAUGGCGGAGAUGGUAUUGAAUGAAGAAAUACAAGGGAGAGCUCAGAUGGAGUUGGAGGCAGUGAUAGGGCGGGAUAGAAGCGUGCGGGAUGAGGACAUAGCAAGGCUUCCAUACCUGCAAGCGGUUGUGAAAGAGAGUUUGAGAAUGCACCCACCUGGACCGCUGCUGUCAUGGGCGCGUUUAUGCACGGAGGAGGUUGAUAUAGCAGGUGAUAUGCAUGUUUCGGCUGGGAAGACGGCCAUGGUUAACAUGUGGUCCAUCACUCACGAUCCAGAAAUCUGGGAGUCGCCUCAUGAAUUCCGGCCGGAGAGAUUUGUUGAAGAUAAAGUAGAUGUUCUGGGUAAUGAUUUGAGGCUUGCACCCUUCGGUUCAGGUCGGCGAGUCUGUCCAGGAAAGGCUCUCGGCCUUGCCACUGUUCACCUCUGGGUAGCAAAACUACUACACCAUUACAAGUGGAUUCCUUCUCCUCAACACCCAGUAGAUCUCACCGAGGUUCUAAAAUUGUCCUCCCAAAUGGCUACACCCCUUGCUGCGAUUCCCACAACCAUAAACCCGUAUUGA